AUGCCCAAACGAACCCAGGAGCCUCAAUUCCCACAGCUGGAUACGCCUCAGAAGGUCAGAAUACGCAGCGCAGUCGAAUAUGGGGAGCACCUGGCCCGCACUGGCCGUGAACACAGCAAAGCAGAAGCGUUUCGCUUCUGUGGCACCUCCGCCAGCACCGGCUAUCGCGCUCUUGCAGAUGAACACCCACGCACGCAUCACAGCAUUGAAGAACACCGGGGCAAGGCAGCAAAGCUAUCACAGAAGGACAUCUGGCAUGUUAAGGCCAUGCUACAAGAGCAUGACUAG